AUGGCGAUGGAUCUUGAGAAUGCAACUACCGCUCACAACAUUCACCACUUUGAAACUCAAGGCCGUCGACUUCUUGAGGAUUUUUCCCGCUCCGGCUGGAAUAACUAUCGUCGUUCUAGGCUUGAAAAGAGUUUCUUGGGACUCGGCUCAAUUAAUUUCACUCCCAACAACCGGCUCGGCCGCUACCGUGGGUGCAUCCUGUUCGGAUGGCUGUACUGGGCAGUUGGGCCUGGCUUGGUGCCAACCCUCGAUGAGAACACAGGAGUGGAUAAACGGAUUGGCUAUUCCGUUCUAAUUAGAAUAGGAGCCGACAGCACGUUACAGCCGGCACCUAUUUCUACCCAAGCAGGAGUGGAGGGGCGUGAUAUGGCUGCCGUCAAGUCGUUUAGAAAGUCCGUUAAUUUGCACGAGAAAGAGCCCAAUGAUCAGUCAUGA